CCUUUCCAUUUCCCCACUCCCUCAUCAGUGCUGAAACACAGAUAGAGAUAGAGAGAAGCUCCUUGUGAUGAAUUCGCUCCUCUGUCUUGGUGAACGACUGAUGAGAGUGUGUGAGUGAGAGGGAGCUAGCGAGUUAGGUGAGACACUCAGACACCCCCCGGGGAACUUAAACUUUGUUAUUCGAAAUUCAUACCUUCCGCAUCUGUGAUUAGUAAUCACAGUGACGCAUAGAAAAGGUUCACUUCGGUUCGGAAACCAUUAGAAGCCCUAGGAUUUCGGUGGAAGCCACGGGAAUUGGGACUUUAAUGCAAAUCUGAUCCGAUCUGAUUUCCUUCUAACAAUGGGGCACUUGAAUCUUCCAUCUUCGAAGCGAAACUCUCGACAGUGGAGGCUUCUGGAUCUCGUCUCCGCUGCUUUAUUCGGUGCCGUGUUCGUUUUCUUCCUCCUCGUCUUUACUCCACUCGGUGAUUCGCUAGCCGCCUCCGGACGUCAGACUCUUUCCAUGGCCGAUCCCCGCCAGAGGCAGAGGAUGAUUGCUUUGAUUGAGGCUGGGCAGCAGCAAACUAUUGAAGCAUGCCCUGCCGAUGCAGUUGAUUACAUGCCCUGUGAGGAUCCCAGAAGGAACAGUCAGCUUAGCCGAGAGAUGAACUUCUACCGAGAACGUCACUGCCCAUUGCCCGAAGAGACUCCCCUCUGCUUGAUCCCUCCGCCCGAUGGGUACCGGAUCUCAGUGCAGUGGCCUGACAGCUUGCACAAGAUAUGGCACAGCAACAUGCCGCAUAAUAAAAUUGCUGACAGAAAAGGCCACCAGGGAUGGAUGAAGGAAGAAGGUCCAUACUUUAUAUUCCCAGGUGGAGGUACAAUGUUUCCUGAUGGUGCUGUACAAUAUAUUGAAAAGCUGGGACAAUAUAUCCCCAUAAGUGGAGGAGUUCUGAGGACAUCUCUGGAUAUGGGAUGUGGGGUUGCCAGCUUUGGGGGUUACCUACUUAAGGAAGAUAUUUUGACCCUGUCUUUUGCCCCAAGAGAUUCACAUAAAGCACAGAUACAGUUUGCAUUAGAAAGGGGUAUACCAGCAUUUGUUGCCAUGCUUGGUACUCGCAGGUUACCCUUUCCUGCAUACUCCUUUGAUCUUGUUCACUGCUCUCGUUGUCUGAUCCCAUUUACUGCCUACAAUGGAACAUACUUUGUUGAAGUGGAUCGGUUGCUUCGACCAGGAGGUUAUUUGGUAAUCUCUGGCCCCCCUGUACAAUGGCCUAAACAAGAUAAAGAAUGGGCAGAUCUCCAAGCUAUAGCAAGAGCAUUGUGUUAUGAGCUGAUCGUUGUGGAUGGUAACACUGUCAUUUGGAAAAAGCCUUCAGCUGAUUCAUGCACCCCUAGUCAAAAUGAGUUUGGACUUGAAUUGUGUAACGAGUCUGAUGACCCAAAUAAUGCAUGGUACUUCAAGUUGAAGAACUGUGUGAGUAAGAUGCCUACUCAUGAAGGAGAAUAUGCUGUUGGGACCAUUCCUAAUUGGCCUGACAGGGUAACAAAAGCUCCUUCAAGAGUGAAACUUCUGAAAAAUGGGGUUGCUGUGUUUGAGGCUGAUACACGGCGUUGGGCAAGAAGAGUUACAUACUACAGGAAAUCUCUCAACUUGAAGCUUGGGACUCCAUCCAUACGCAAUGUUAUGGACAUGAAUGCAUUUUUUGGAGGCUUUGCAGCAGCAUUGUUGUCUGAUCCUGUGUGGGUGAUGAAUGUUGUUCCUCCUCGGAAACCCUCUACACUUGGCAUGAUUUAUGACAGAGGCCUGAUUGGAAUGUAUCAUGAUUGGUGUGAGCCUUUCUCAACAUACCCUCGAACUUAUGAUCUCAUUCAUGUAACCAGCAUUGAAUCACUUGUGAAGCAUCCUGGAUCAGGCAAGAACAGGUGUAAUUUAGUGGAUUUGAUGGUGGAGAUUGAUCGGAUGUUGCGUCCUGAAGGAACAGUGGUUGUUCGAGAUUCCCCUGAAGUCAUUGACAAGGUGGGUCGGAUUGCACGUGCAAUAAGGUGGACUGCCAAUAUACAUGAGCCAGAACCUGAAUCAACUGGGAGGGAGAAGAUUCUUGUAGCAACCAAGAAAUUCUGGAAGCUACCUUCAGCUUCCCACUGACACAGCUUUCUGUUUUUCAAAUCUUCAAUCCCAAAUCCCCUACCCUCUCUUGUGAAUUUAGCAAGUCAUUGUCAAUGAUACUACAGAAGGAAAGAAAAGGAGAAAGGAGGGGGGAAGGAAAUGCAGGUUUCUUCUUGCCUCAUGUUUUUGUUGAUCUUUUUGGUUGCAAGGGCAUCAUUUUAGCUGCGUUCAGAAUUGAUUGUAAAAUAGAUUCUGUUGUUUAGCCAAGCAAAAUGAUUGGCUAUCUUCUUUUUCAUUAUCUAAGCCUAUAUAUGCGGUCAGUUACAUGAAUAUGAAUCCUGUUUUGCCAC